AUGUUCUCUUCAAACUACAACCGCAUCGACCCAAAGCGGCGAGCGACUCUCGAUCAUCGCACGAAACAGUUUGCAGACCCGUCUUUCGCCAAGACAGCAUAUCCGAACCGACUCAACUUCUACGCGCUGCCACCAACAGCCGACAUCACGCUUGAGCAAUUCGAACAAUGGGCCAUCGAUCGCCUGCGCAUUCUGGCCGAGCUCGAAGCCUGCUCUUUUCGCAAUAAGAAUGUCAAGGAUACUUCUGAACACAUGGAGCCUCUGCUCAAAAAGUACCUGCCUCUUGACACAAACUCGAGCAACAGCUCCCAGCUUCAAGCACAGCGCCAGAAAGAUCACUACAGCCAUUUUAUUCUGCGACUAGCCUUUGCAUCAACCGAGGACCUCAGGAGGAGGUUCACCCGCGUCGAGACUAUGCUAUUCCGCCUGAGACUGAAUGACGAUGCUGAGCAUAACCGCAAAGAGCUCAAAGAGUUUAUCAAGACCCUGAACUUGGACUGGGAAGAGGUUGGCCCCGAGGAGCGCAGCAAGUAUAGUGACGAACUCCGAGCCAUGGCGGACAGCCGCAAGAAGCAAGAGCAGACCGAGGAUGACAAUAGCUUCUUCAAGGUUGAUUGGGAACGUGUCCCGGAAUUGGUAGAGACGAGGAGGGUGUUCCUCAAGGGUGGCAAGGCGUAUGUGCCUGCUAGGGAGCAGACGAGCAUGGUGGUCGCAGAGUUUACAGGGCGACUAGAGCGCGCCCUGGAGCUGACGGCGCGGGCGCUGCCAAAGCUGGACGAGGACGACCGGUUGACGCCCAUUCUGGAUCAUCUCUCCAAGAACUUUAUCACGCCAGAUGCUUCUUACAGCAGCAGCACGACCGCCGUUGGUGGAGCCGACAUCUCGGCAAGAAACGUGGACAAGCUCUCUGCCAGCUUCCCGCUAUGCAUGCAGAACCUACAUCGAUCAUUACGGCGCGACGCACAUCUCAAGCACUAUGGUCGUUUACAGUACACUUUGUUCUUGAAGGGCAUCGGCCUGAACCUGGAGGAGUGCUUGAUCUUCUGGCGGACGUCAUUCAGCAAGCUCACCGAUGACCAGUUCAACAAGGACUACAGAUACAAUGUCCGGCACGCGUACGGAGACGUUGGAGGCGACUCCAACCGACGUGGUGGCGGUUACUCGCCAUUCUCGUGUCAAAAGAUAUUGACGGAGCACCCACCAGGUCCGGGUGAGGCGCAUGGUUGUCCGUACCGACACUUCAACCAGGAGAACCUGACUGCCCUGCUACAAGCUGUCGGUAUUUCGGACAGGUCGGUCCUAGAAGGUGUCAAGCAGGACAAGGAAGCACAGAAAUUCCACUUGGCCUGUAAUCGUGUGUUUGAACACGUUCAUAAGAGCGAGAUCAAGCGUGCCAAGGAUGAGAAUAUCAUGACCGCGGCCCAGCUAGACACGAUUGUACAUCCCAACGAGUAUUUCAAGCGCAGCUAUCUACUUAAGAACCUAGGAAAGGACAGCAGCGUAAAGAGCGAAGAUGUGAAGAUGGAGGGAUAA